AUGUCGCGAGAUUCCGAGACACCCGAAUUGACGCCUCAACUCUGCUUCGAUACCACAGCACUACGUGACUUCCUCCGUAUCUCUCGAUCUGCAGUAGACGACACAAUCAACCAAAACCUCAACGCCCUCGCCACCCCUGGUGCAGCUCCAUUUGAUCCCCAAUCUACCGCCGAGCAACAGCUACGUCCCAUAGGCAGGCGUACCUUACCAGCAACAAAAUGCCAGGACUUCAAGAACAACGUACUCUUUCCUAGCUGGCAAGGACGAAGUGAUGUGCUAAACUAUUGCGCCGGUGUUGCGACUUCCCCGGAUCCAGAUGAUCCAGACCAUGUCCUUCGCGAGACUGAGGAUGCACGUGCACGAGAGAGGUUAAUCGACGRACGACUGGAUCCGUACAGUGCCAGGUACUUCCCGAGGGAGGCUAGAACAGAGGCGUUGGCAAGUCUGAUUAGGAAUGAGAGGAUGGUAGAAGGCAUAAUACGCUCAAGAACGUGGAAGAUUGUGGGUGAAAGAUGCCACAAUGACGGGAUUCAGGAUGCAGAAAAGGCUGUAGAUGAAUGGAGGAGACGAAGAUCUGAGGGAUGA